AUGACGCGCAAGCUUCAGAGCGUUGGUCUUUGUGACCUCUACUGGAACAAUGUCGGAAAACGAGGUCGAACCCUCCGUGUCCUCCGCCCUGCGCAGCUUCUCUUCGCCAUCAUCGUUGCCAUCCUGUACGGCAUUGAUCUCGUCCAUGUGACGAACAUGAACACCAGCGCCUCUCCAGAAUGGGUGUACGCUGAAGUUGCAGUUGCUUUGUCUGGCGUGACGUCACUCGUGUUUUUCCUUGUACCUGUCGUUCACUGUGCAUGGUCAAUCUGGGAUGGCGUACUAGCGAUCAUCUGGCUCGCCCAGGCCGGUGUUUUUGGAAAUAUCUUCAUUACGCAAGGCACGCUGGACGAGCCUCACGCAAGCGCGACGUUGUCUCUGGCUUGUAUGCGCGCUGCUGUCUGGGUGGAUCUGAUCAAUCUAUUGUUGUGGCUUCUCACAUGCAUCCUAGGCAUGACGCGUUGCUGUUAUACUAGAAAAUCCCGACGUCAACAAAACAACACACCUGAGAAUGCUGUUCGAUCAAUAGAAAAAGAUGCGGAGAAAGGUGUUGACUAUUCACCGAGCCUUGUGGUCGACAAAGAACGGGAAGAGUGUGCUCCACCGCCAUACAGAGAGAACCAGAACCCUGGUGAGGUUCUGACUGCCUGUCUCAGAUAG